GUAUUCCAACUGGGCGCUCAGCGAGAGUGUGACGGUUCGGAGGACGGUGCCCAAAGCAGCGGGGCUGAUGUGCGAGAGGGAUAGAGGACGGCCGUCUGGUCGCGGGAAGCAGGGAAAAGAUAGAUUGCCGAUAUUCGAGGGGCGACGGAAGAAGAGAAGGACGGAGAGAUUCGGGAUAUUAGGAUCCAGUAGCACGGCGCCGUGUUGUGCUAUGUGUUUCGUGAUUAUUGUAGAUGAGAGGUCUUGAUAUGAGGAGCAAGGGAAUAAUAAGCCCCGGAUGCACUGGAUUGGGCCGGUCGCUUAUUGCUGAUUAUUAUACGUGGUGCGGGUGCAAUCCGCUACCACGUAAUACUCGAGGGUACGGGAAGGUACAUAAUCCAAGGCGGGUCGCUCCAUAUUAUGCAAGGUACUUCAAAGUAUUAUAAAGUACUGCAAAGUACCAUGAUGUCCUCCCUCACAAACCCCCCCCUCUGUACAGGAUCGGUCGAUCGCUGUUCAUUUCACUUCACGGCCAUUGGCACUUCCCCCACCCCAUGUCUGUGUCUGCUUGCAUCGUCGACUCGAUUCGAUUCGACAUCAACACACAGACGGUACGCCGAUAUCCAUGACCACCUGGUUGGAUCCGCCAAUGUUCUCCUCGACGGCCCGAUCGGCCAUCAGGCCCAGCUGCCCGCCACGGAUCUGUUCCCCCCGUCUGGUCUAAACACUCCUAACAAUCAUUACUGUGUUCGCCUUCUCAGCGUCAAUCAGGUUCAGCUGCCCUUGCAUGCAACCGUGAGACAUCGUCCCAAACCAAUGCAUCUUCUUCUCCUUCGGACAAGCCCCCCCGUGUGCCAUCAUCCAUGCCUCAAGUCAAUACACUGCCGGGACCCCCAUCUCCAUCCCCUGCACACCUGAAUGCCAUCGUCCCGCCGUGCGUCUAGCUGUCACUAGAGCGUUCGAUGGCUUCAUGUAUGCCUCUGCCCCGGCCCCCUUGCCUCUUCU